AUGGCGGUCGAACUAGUUCCAGAUGCUCCGUGGUAUUUUGGUGAAAUAAGCAGAGAAAAAGCUAAUGAGAUUCUAAUUGAUCAGCCUGUUGGAACAUUCCUGAUACGUGACAGCACUACAAAGUCAGGUUACGUGCUUGCGAUAAAAGAGGCCAACGAAGUCAAGCGUUACUUACUUACAUGGGCACCUCAACUAAAAAAGUUCAAGUUUGGCGACACUCUCUAUUCUUCGCUCGAUGAGUUGGUUAGACUUCAUACUUCACACUCUUCGAGUACUCGUAUGAGACAGCCAGCCCAGAAGGCUACUUAUGCUGCUUUAUAUUCGUUUCAAGCACAGGAAGAGGGAGAUUUGUCUUUUCAGAGGGGAGAUUUGUUAACAUUCAUAAGACAAAAGCGGGAGUGGAUUCUAUGUAAAUCAGGCGAUAACCGUAUCGGUUGGGUUCCUUCAAAUUAUUUAACUCCGUUUACACCUGAAAUUGUUGCAAGACUAAAGGGUCUUGGUGACCAACUUGGAUUAACCUAUUGUCAUAUGCUGAAAUCUGUUCAGUUACCGGCUACUGGAAAGGUUAUAAGGGCUAGAAAUCCCAGUAUCUUCGCGACAAAUCACUUGAAAGUGGAGUGCGAUGAUGAAGUUCAAAUCAGGAAACUACUUCCUGAUGGAUUCUGUGAGGUCUGGCGAGAACGUGAUCAAGUUGGCGGCUUGGUACCAAUUAAUUUCCUUAAGAUUGAAUGUAAUUAA